CUCGGCAGCUGGAAUUUCAGUACUCAACAGGAUUUUCAUACGAACAAACCUAUAUAUGGGAAUAGCUCCCGUUCGCUUCAACAUUAAUUCAUCUGAUACCUGAAUACACAGUGAAAUCGGUCUUGUAUAUUUCGCUACCCCAAUCGUUUUCACUUUACGUUGAUGUCGAAAUGAAGAAGCGUACGACAAAAAAAGUGGUCAAUAAGGUGACCGAACCCCAGGUGAAGUUACAGGAAAUGACGAAUACGAUGGUCUUCAACCGACCCAGGUACAUGCCCAACCUUGGCAACCUGAUCAUGCCGAAGAUCGUGUUCGAGCAUGAACACCGAAUUGUGAUGGUCCGGCUCUUCCUCGACGUCCAGAAGCACGAUCAGAAAGCUUCGGACUCCUUUAACGGCUGCCAGGUGCAGUGCUUCCAACUGCCGAGCUUCCUGUUCCCGCAGGGUGCUCCGCUGCACCGGAUCGCCUUCAUGCCGGCGAAGCUGCUGCCGCCGGGCUUCGACGCGGGCGGAGUAUUCGGACCGGGCAUCCUGGCCCGACGAUUCUAUCCCGUUAACCUGCUGCCCGGCGACCUCAGGGGCCAUACCCCGCCCCUUUUUGUGGGUCAACGCAGCCUGGAUCCCCAGUUCUCACCGGAGGUGAAGCGACUGAUUGAAUUCUCGCAGAAUUUUCUUCCUGCACCGCCGCCCGAUCUCCAGGCUCCCGCGGCUCCCGCGGCUCCCGUCGAUCCGCCAGCUUCGACGUCUGCCUCUGCAGCUGCCUCUGCCGCUGCCGCUCCCGAACCGAAGAAGUUGCCAAAGGCCAGCAAGGAGGUGAUCAAUCUGGAGAAGCGGCUGGCCCGCAAUGACAUUACCGUGGCCAUGGUGAUCACUCCGCCGCCACCACCGCCUACCCUGUCGCUAUACCCACUGCGCAAGAUCCCCGAGCAGUAUAACAUAUAUGUGCCGGAUCUGACCAAUGUCCGGGUGGUUAUGCCGCGCAUCUGCAACCUAACGGUGGCCAUUCUUUCCACGGUGAUCCAUCCGCAUGUGCCCGCCGUGGCCUUUGCCACCAUGGGCGACGAUGAGGUGUGUCCGCGUUUUGAGCUGCCCGAGGAUCUCUUUCCAGCCAGCUAUGCAUUGAAGCGUCCGGUCUUCCUGCCCAAGCGCAACCUGCCAAAGGGAUUUGAGGCUUGCUGCAUCUUCCGUCCGGGCACCCUUCCGGAGGCCUGGUUCCAGGGAAGUCUCCUGACUGGCACACCACAGCCCCAACAUAGCUCCGUCAUCACACCACCGCUUCUGGUGGGCAAGUUCUCCAGCGAGGAGAAUGCGGGUCGCCUGCUUAAGGAACUCCAACUGGAGGCCGAGGGAUACAAGCAGGAGCUCGAGCCCAAGGCGUCCAGCGUGGAUGAGGCAUCUGAACGGAAAUUGGAGCUAUUGAAGUCCAAGAUGCACAACAGACCCAAGGGCCUAAUUUUGCUGGUGACGGAUCAACAGCAGUCGCCAUCCGAACCAUUGAGUUUGGACGACACAGUCGAUGCCUAUGAUGUCUGUAAUACUAACGCCUUUAUAAAAAUAACCCGAGCUGAUUCCACUGGACAAGAUGAACCAGAACCAGAUAAAGACACUGUGGUGUGCUCCUGUUGCGGCUCCCGAUAUGUCCAGGAGGAAGGCAAAGUCGAUGCCGCAGACGAUGACGAAGCUGAAGUCAAAGCUGAAGUCAAAGUUGAAGUCAAAGCCGAAGUCAAAGCCGAAGUCAAAGCCGAAGUCAAAGCCGAAGUCAAAGCCGAAGUCAAAGCCGAAGUCAAAGCCGAAGUCAAAGCCGAAGUCAAAGCCGAAGUCAAAGCCGAAGUCAAAGCCGAAGCCGCUGCCGAAGUCAAAGCCGAAGUCAAAGCCAAAGUCAAAGCCGAAGUCAAAGCCGAAGUCAAAGCCGAAGUCAAAGCCGAAGUAGAAACGGAACCGAACAAGAUAUCCACUUGGACACUUCCGCAUCCGAAGGUGGUUGCCCAGGAGGCAAAGACGAAGUACCUCCGGUUCUUCAAGAUCGAUACCAACAUCGAUAGGUUGGCCGAGGCUGUGGGCGAUGUGAGCAAGGCGCAAUUCGAGCUGGUGCACGAUAAUGAGCAGGCGCCCGAGAUCAAUGUCGAGCGCGCCAUGGAGCAGCUACGUAUGGUACUCAAAGCCCGGAACGAGAUCCGCCUGGCUACCGCCCAGCAGAUGCAGGAUCACAUCAAUAGAACGGAAACUGACAUCCAGAAGGUGCUCCACAAGAAUGAGCGUGAUCCCUGUUCCCAGUGCGCCAAGCGCCACUAAAUAUUGCCAUUAUUCUACUAAAGAAUGCUUGCAGCAAUUAUAUAUUAUUAUAUAUAUUCUCUUUUGUAUUGAUUUUUCAAUUUUAUUCAGGGUUUUCGGUUUGUCACUCAGAAUGCAGCAUGUUUACAUUAUCUUUUUUGG